UUUUAUUAUUAUCUUCAGUUAUUCGAGUGAUCGGUGGUCGAUCAUAAGCCACGCAGUACCAUCGGGUAAUGGGCUGACAUAGUAACUACCGGGACAGUAGUGAAUAGAGAAGCGAGAGUCUUCUUUUAUUAAUUUAUUCUUUUCUUCCAGGAGGAAGUGCCAGAGGGAGAUGGCCCUAAUCGGGUCAGAGGAUUGGUCCGAAGAACUAGAGUUCCAUAAUGAGGAUCAAUCAUUAUAUGCGCAACUAGUAGGAGCUAGGCGAGAGCAUUGGACGAUGGCAUCGUUCAGACAAUACCUUACAAUCUUAGAAGGACAAGAUGUAGUGGCUACUUUAUUAUUUCCUAGUCCUGGGGAUCUGGGUAAGUGCCUAGAUAGACUGGCACGACUGGUUUGUUCGGAGAACGCACUGCAAGGUGAGGCAUGGAUUGCCCUUGAGGAUACUUCACUCGGGUCAGAGGACCCCGUAUGCAGCGCACUUGUCUGGCUAUCUGCCGGGAAUGGUAGUGGCUGGAAGCCCGAUUUAGUUCGCGAAGUAAGCGGACGGUUGGCCGACUGGGGCGGCACCUGCUAUGUUGAAGUAGUACCGUCGGGCGGUACGCUAGCCUGGCUUGACGAGCGGGAGGACGCUCUUACGAAGGCUCACAAACAUCUGGAUGAUGUGGGCAACUGGUUGUUAUGGUGCAACGCGUGUUGGAUGCGUUUGUCGCUCCACGGAGAGGGGGGCGAUAGGUCUAUUACCGAGCAAUGCCCUGCCUACCGUAAUCAGUCAUGUAAUGGGGGUCGUGAGACCGGUAUUGGAACAGAGUGACUACUAAGCCGUAGUUAACUUGUUAAUAGGGCAAGCCUUCUAGUAGGCUCGGCGGUAAAGUAUACGUUUAUAGGAACGGAGUGAGAUGUUAGAAACUUAGCCGAGAGGGUGGAACGGUCGGAGAAGACCGGCAAACGAGUUAGAUACGAGAAUGGAAUUGAAGAG